UGUAAGCUUGAGUCCGCGUAAACGUAUAGCCGUGUUUUGGUCAGUGAAAAUCGGAGCUCAGUGUUGUUCCUUCAUGGUACGCAAUCAAGUCUUCAGCAUCUAGUCGUCGCCGAACCCUCGUCUUGUGAACAUCUGCGUUUGGUUCAACCAGUUUUCAGUUCUCUCAUAUAAAUCAAAAUGGCUCAAAUUACAAGACUCGCUGUCAUCAAAUUCUUGGAAUUGGUCAUAGUGUGUGUUCUCAUAGGAUUGCACUACCACUCCUUCAAUGCUGGAGAUCAACAUACUGCAAUGAUUACGAUGGGUACCUUUGGCGGAUAUUUAAUUAUUCUCGUGGGAUUAUUUGCCGGUAGCCUAUUUGGAGCACCAGUUGAUCGUCGUGUGGAUCUCUUUUUCUCCCUGGUUGGAUGCGUUUUGUUCAUUGUUGCCGGAGCUCUGAACAUCGACUUUUUCUCAAACUUGGCCUACAAGGGCUCUUUUCGCGACACAGGUAUAGCGAAAGGUGUAAUCAGCUUAGUCGAAGGAGUACUAUUUCUAGUGGAUGCCUUCUUCACGUACAGAGGCGAAGCUUAAAAUCGAACCGAGAAGAAACCUAAAAUCACCCAAUCAUCCGUCGUUUUCAAAAUGGUACAAUCACAUUCCGUAAUAAGAAACGUACGGAAUUAUUAUCAAGAAGAUACUGCCAAAGAGUAAACGAUUUCAUUGUAUGUUUUUAAGGAACAAUUAAUUUUUUUGAAGAUAUUAAACUAAGACAAAGAUUACGCUAAUUUUUAUGACAAAAUAUGUACAAGUGAAACAGAAAACAGAGUACAAAUAAAAAUAAUUCUCAAUUAAUUGUUGUUAGACUCGUUGCUAGAGAAAUUUUUUGUAUGCAAACAUUAAACUUUAUAAUGCAGUUAUGUUACAGCUAAAAUCUACAGGGAACAAUAUAAAAAAGAAUUUAUAUUUACAUUUAUUUUUUUUUUCAAUAUAUCAAAUUUUUUUUGAAUUUUAAUUUUAUACUUUUGAUGAUUAAUUUUCGUGUGAUUAUAACAGUACACAAUUCGACUAUUAUAUUUUUAUAAUACUUUUUCUAUGUAUUUGAACAUGAUUAAUAUUUUUGUAUUUGUUUAAACAAAAGUUUUCUUUUAUUUUUUUUUAAAUUUGAUUUGACAACGACGAAACUGUAGUUAAUUAUUUCUCUAGAAUAAACGGCAGUCUCUUUCCAAUGUAAGGCCAGUGAAAGUUAUAAUCGUGAUUGUUGCACAUAAAUUAAGCUACGAUCGCACAGUAAUAUGAAAUUACUAAGUAACAGACACCACCUCGAAAUAAUACUUUUUCUAUUAUAUAAUAUAUAUCUAUUUUUAUUAUAUAAGUAAGAAUUUCAUUUUAUUAUAUUAAUUAUUACUUUACCAUAAUUCUCGCUGAUUUUCUUCAUUAAUUUAUACGUUUUAUAUGUUUAAUGGUACGAACAAUUCAACCAUUUAUUUCGUUUUACAACUGAUUCAUGUACCUUACGUUUAACCAUUGAACGUACAAUUAUAUAAAAUAAAUCGUUUUCCUUAAUUAUUA